AUGGAUAAAUUCAAAAAAUGGCGAAAACAACGAAAACCGAUCACCUACGUGCCAGAAACUCCAGAUCCAACUAGUGAAGUGUUGGCCCCACCACGCUACCAAACCAACCCUUCUCCACUACCUGUUCCAACGUCCGCAUUCAAGUUUGGUCUUAAAACUAUCCAUGAGUGCUCUGAUGCGGUCGUCGAUAUUUGUUUUGUACAUGGGUUGACCGGCGAUCGCGACAAGACCUGGACCGCCGUCGGCCAAACCACACCAUGGCCAAAGAUACUACUUCCUCCCAAACUCAAUGCCCGGGUUCUGAUGUAUGGAUACGAUGCAAAUGUCGCACGAAAAUCAGUCGUGUCGUCGAACCGUCUCAUCAAUCACGCACAGAACCUUUUGGGGGACUUAACAGCGGACCGAGUCUUUUGCAAUGCUUCCUCUCGUCCACUGAUUUUCGUCGCUCAUAGCCUUGGAGGUCUAGUGUGCAAAAAGACUAUUCUUCUCUCACAAAACGCCGCCGAGCCUCAGUCGCGGGCUCUCUUCGAUUGCCUCGAGGGAAUCGCAUUCAUGGGAACACCACACAGGGGAGCUUGGAUGGCAGAUUGGGCCAAGAUUCCUGCUUCAGUGUUUGGCCUUGUGAAAUCCACGAAUGUGAUGCUGUUAGACAUAUUGCAACGAGAUAACCAGCUUUUGGACUCAAUACAAGUCGAUUUCCUGACUAUGAUCCGAAGAGUGCGAGAAAGUGGUCGGGCAAUCGGUAUUGCCUGCUUUUUUGAAGAACUUCCCUUCCCUGUCAUUGGAAAGAUUGUGACUGAGGAAUCUGCGACGUUGGAUGGUUAUGAUAUCUACAGCAUUUAUGGCAAUCAUCGUGAUAUGGUGCGGUUUGGGUCAGAAGAGGAUCCUGGGUUCAAGAGGCUGCUAUGGAAGCUUCUUACUUGGACUUCACAAGUCGGUGACAAAACAAAAGAAAAAUAUACCUUUGGUGCCGAGGAUCGUGCCUGUCUAAAAGAUUUGCAAACAACCAAUCCCCGCGACGAUAAGUCUCGCAUCGAAGCUACAAAGGGUGGUUUGUUGAGGGACUCGUAUAAUUGGGCUCUAGAAGACAAGAACUUCUUAGACUGGCAUCACAGAGUAAAGGGUGGAGGAAUCUUGUGGGUCCGAGGAGACCCGGGGAAAGGCAAGACCAUGCUUUUGUGUGGAAUUAUCGAUGAACUCUCGAAUAUGAACACAGGAUUUAUCUCAUUCUUCUUUUGCCAAGCCACCGAUACACGCUUGAAUUACGCAACGGCUGUGCUGCGGGGGUUGAUCUAUAUGUUGAUUGAUCAGGACCCAUCCCUCAUUUCUUAUGUUCGACAGAGAUAUGACGAAUCAGGAAAGCAACUCUUUGAGAACCCAAAUGCAUGGCAUGCACUGUCGGCAAUAUUCAUUGAGAUGUUACAGCAUUUAGAGGAGCCCUGUUUGAUAAUCGAUGCCUUGGAUGAAUGCACCACUGGGCUGUCUUCACUGUUGGAUCUCAUAGUUCAAGUCUCGUCGACCCAUCCCCAUGUCAAGUGGAUUAUCUCAAGUCGAAAUUGGCCACAAAUCAAGGAGCAUAUGAGCAUGAUACCAGAUAACCAAAGGAUGGCACUGGAGAUGAAUGAGAGUUCUGUGUCCGAGGCGGUCAAAAUAUUCAUUUACGAUAGGGUGCAGCACUUGGCGAAGCUCAAAAGAUACAGUCAGCAGAUUUUCGACGCUGUCUAUUCCUAUUUGCUAUUGAAUGCACAAGGGACGUUCUUGUGGGUUGCUUUGGUCUGUGAAAGGCUAGCCACCAUACCCCGCUUGAGGACCAUCGAAAAGCUCACUGCUUUCCCACCUGGACUUGAUGCGCUGUAUGAACGAAUGAUGCAGCACGUUUGUGAGCACGAAGAAGCUCCUCUUUGCAAAGAUAUACUUGGCCUAAUUUCCACCACCUAUAGGCCUAUCACAAUCGAUGAGCUGACAGCUUUCAUUGAAUUGCCUGAGUACGUCUUGGAAGAUGGGUAUGAGUCGUUGGAAGAAAUUAUAGGAUAUUGUGGAUCUUUCUUGACCGUCUCGGAGAACACUAUCUUUUUUGUACACCAAUCUGCAAAGGACUAUUUGCUUGAGAAGGCCAAAACCGAAAUAAUGCCUGCUGGAAUGGCAGCAAAGCACAAGUUCAUCCUUGAGAAAUCUCUUGCCAUCAUGGAUAAGGAACUUCGACGAGACAUUCUCUCCUUGGGGAAAACAGAUGGCUCUAUCAACCCAGUAUAUGAAGAAAACAUGGCUUUGGGUCCACUUGCAACAAGUCGAUAUUCAUGCAUUUAUUGGAUUGAUCAUCUGCAAGAUUGUGACCAAGGAGCGGCUACUCAUGAUUAUCUCCAGAAUGGCGGCUUGGUGCACGAAUUCUUUUCGAUAAAGUUCAUAUUCUGGUUAGAAGCCUUAAGCCUCUUAAAGAGCGUUUCAAAGGGACUUGAAGACAUGCUCAAUCUUGAGGCUUUGACUAAGCCAACACCACUCUAUGGUCAAGUUUUCGAUGCAUCACGUUUCUUCCGUUACCACAAACAUAUGAUUGAGCAUCAUCCUAUGGGAAUAUACAACUCUGUCCUUCUUUUCACUCCCACGUGCAGCAGAACCAAGGUCUUUUUUCAAGAAGAGCAGCCAGAAUGGGUGACGAUAAAACCCGCCAUUGAAAAUUGGAGCCCGUGUCUUCAGAACAUUGCUGCUCAUGAAGUUGGUGUCAGGCAUUUGGAAUGGGCACCCGAUGGAAAACGGCUCACGUCAUUGGGGGAAGAGGGUUCCAUCAAGCUUUGGGACUUGGCAAGCGGUAGCUGUUUGUCAUCCAUCCAGGCACACACGGUGUAUGGCACAUCGAUCAAUUGGUCCCACGACGAAAAAUAUAUUGCUUCGGCCUCAUAUGACCGCCAGAUCAAGAUAUGGGACCCAGAGAAAGAGCAGUGUCUAUUGACUCUGCACGGACAUGAAGGUCCUGUGAAAGCUGUCUUUUGGUCACAAGAUACAACACAUCUUGUCUCCGUAUCUUGGUCUCUGAAGGAAAGAGACUUUUUCGAGUUCUCCCCAUUGACCAUCAAAGUUUGGGAUCGAAUAGUUGGUCAAUGCGUCCUGACACUUGAAGGUGAUGAUAGCCAGAUCCGCUCUGCUUUCCCUUCAUACGAUGGAAAAGGCAUUGUUACUGUGACAUGCGAUGGUAUAAUUAAAACUUGGAAUGUUUUCUCCAGUCAGACGAUAUCAACUCGGAAUCUCUUCGCUCAGUUUGGUAGUCUCAGCCUCUGGUCUCAGGAUGGGAUGAACCUCAUCCAAUCGGAUUGGCUCUCUAACACGGUCAGGAUUUUGGACCCUGUCAGUUGGAAGUCCAUUGCAACGAUGAAUACAGAAAAAGACAUACGUAUUACGUAUCUUGCACUGUCACGUUGCGGUGGACUGCUUGCCUCGGCGUCAAGGAAGGGUCCAAUCGUGAUCUGGGAUUUGUCUACGAGAAAACAGGUGUCAAUACUUGAAGGCCAUUCUAAAUCCGUUCGUAUUGUGAUUUGGCUGAGAGAUGGGACACUUGCGUCCGCAUCCGAUGACAUAACUAUCAAAAUCUGGAACCCAUCUACUGGCCAAUGUCUCUCAACUUUCCAAGGCCAUGACAGUGCAAGCUCUCUACUCUUGUCAGCCGACGAGAAACAACUCAUAUCAGCUGGUGAAUAUGGCUCGACCAUUAAAAUAUGGGACUUGAAUUCGUCCACGACUGUGAAAGAUCAUUCUCAACCCGUGAGCAAGAUCAUCUGGUCGAUUGACGCGAAAUGCUUUGCCUCAUGUUCAGACAGGGAAAUGAAGAUUUGGGAUCCAUCUACAGCAGAUUGCCUUUUGACGAAGAACCACGGCGGCACUAUUUAUCAAAUUUGUUGGUCAGAAAAUGGACGCCUUGCGUCCCUUUGUUCAGAAGGAAUUCUCAGAGUAUGGGAUUUAUCGACUGGUCAGUGUUCCGUGAGUAUAGAGUCUGUUGAACCUAGCGCUUCCUUGGCCUGGUCACAGGAUGGAUCAAGGCUUCUAUUAGCCUCAUACGACAGCCUCGUUAAGACAUGGGAUGCAAACUCUGGCCAGCACUUGUGUACUUCAAAAGUGGACAAGAUUGGACAUGUUGUGACAUGGUCGCAUGAUGCAACAAGGUUUGCCUCCACUGCAGACAAUUGGAGCAUUAUGAUUCAUGAUGCAUAUACUGGCAGUGGUGUUUUACAUCUCGAGGGACAUCAAGGUCCAGAAGUCGAAGAGAUUCCCUUCUUUCUGAGACGGCCCGUUGUCAUGUCUUGGUCACGCGAUGGAACGCAACUCGCCUCCGCAAUGGGCUCGACUAUCAAGAUCUGGGAUCUAACAUCUGGCCAAUGUACCUUGGUGCUCGAAAUCGAACAAGAUUCAAGAGAAUUCCACUUCCACUUUCCUCGUGGGCCCUUGUUUGGUGAACCACACUCUGGUUAUCUGCAUACGAAAGUCGGCUCCUUCAAUAUUGGGCACAUUACCAUUUGA